AUGAUUACUGAGGGAUUUUCCCCGAAUUUUAACACGUCAAAAAGGUCGUCCCUAUUAGAAAAGAAAGCAGAUGUACUCCGACAGCUUAACACUACUACCGUUAACCAACUGCUGGGGCUACCGGGGAUGACUUCCACCUUUACAGCGCCGCAGCUGUUGCAAUUAAGGAUAAUAGCUAUAACAGCCUCUGCAGUGUCCCUUAUUGCCGGAUGCCUCGGAAUGUUCUUUCUCUCCAAAAUGGAUAAGAGAAGGAAAGUCUUCAGACAUGAUCUCAUUGCAUUUUUAAUAAUUUGCGACUUUCUUAAAGCUUUUAUUCUGAUGAUUUAUCCCAUGAUUAUCCUGAUUGAUAAUAGUGUGUACGCAAAACCUGCAUUUUUUAAUACCUUGGGCUGGUUUACAGCCUUUGCUAUUGAAGGUGCAGACAUGGCCAUAAUGAUAUUCGCCAUCCACUUUGCUGUUUUGAUCUUCAAACCCAACUGGAAAUGGCGAAAUAAAAGAUCAGGAAAUAUGGAGGGUGGCCUAUACAAAAAAAGGUCCUACAUCUGGCCCAUCACUGCUCUAGUGCCUGCCGUUCUGGCAAGCUUAGCCUUCAUUAAUUACAAUAAACUCAAUGAUGAUUCUGAGACCACUGUUGUGUUGGAUAAUAAUAACUAUAAUUUCCCCGACUCCCCCAGACAAGGUGGCUACAAACCUUGGAGUGCAUGGUGCUACUUACCGCCCAAGCCCUACUGGUAUAAAAUUGUUCUAAGCUGGGCUCCUAGGUAUUUCAUUAUUAUUUUCAUAUUCGCGGUAUACCUCAGUAUUUAUAUUUUCAUUACCAGUGAAAGUAAAAGAAUUAAAGCGCAAAUUGGAGACUUUAACCAUAAUAUACAAGAAGAAGAGAAAAAAAAAAAAAAAAUGUUUGGGCUAGGCAAUUGGGGGAAAGCCAAAUGGUAUUUCCGAUCCUAUUUUAAAUUGCCAUUGCUACAUAUUUUGAGAAAUCUAAAGAAUUUCUUCACCAUAUCGUUUGUAGAUCCAACUGAGGAAACAGACGAUUCAGGUAGCAGCAGUGGCACUUUCAAUUUUGGCCAAAGUUCCAACGAGAUACCUACGAUAUUCAAGAAAACAAAUACAGGGAGCGAUGAGAAUGUCUCGAUAAGUGGCGGGGUUCGCUUACUUGACUAUAACUCUACCAAAGCACGCAAUAUAUCCAGAUGCGCAACGUCUAAACAUCCUGAUUUGGAGAGAAAUAAAUCUUAUGAUUGUGACAAUGACAUUUCGUUUAAUCAUUCGGAAUUUAUAGCCAAGCAAAACGAGCAUAAUGUUACAUUUAGCGUUGAAAAUGAAGGGCGGGAUAGAGGAAAAAGUUCAAUGCUGGGACAUCAGACUUUUUCUUGCCCGAAUUCUCUAGAAUAUCCCCCAGCAACGUAUAAUAAUGAUAACGAUAACAACUACCGCAAGGAUGAACGUAGCAACAUCUACAACAAUAACAACAACAACAAUAAUAAUGAUAAUAAUGAUAAUAAUAAUAACAAUAACAAUAAUAAUAAUAAUAAUAAUAAUAAUGAUAAUAAUAAUGAUAACAACAACAAUAAUAAUAGUAAUGAUAAUAGCAAUAACAAUCAUAGUAAUAUUGUCAAUAAUAUUGGUGACAACAAUACUAACUCAGUCGAUAAUAUUCCUAUAGUUUCUAAUGAAGCAUUUACUCAGUGCCAAGGAUCUUCACAGGAUAGCGUAAAUAAUAAUACGAACGGAGGAGAGAAUUUGAGUUUCACUAACGUGCAACAGCACUUCCAGGCUCAAACCUACAAACAAAUGAAAAAACGUAGGGCACAAAUUCAAAAGAAUUUAAGGGCAAUAUUCAUUUACCCACUGUCAUAUAUUGCAAUUUGGCUCUUUCCCAUCAUUGCGGAUGCUUUACAAUACAAACAUGAAAUAAAGCAUGGGCCUACCAUGUGGGUGACAUACAUUGACACUUGCGUACGACCAUUAAGUUGCCUCGUCGACGUCAUUGUAUACCUUUUCAAGGAAAAACCCUGGAAUUAUUCAUGGGCCAAAACAGAAUCAAAGUACCUCAUUGAACAAUAUAUCCUAAAAGGAGAGCUUGGCGAAAAGGAAAUUCUGAAGUUUUGCCAUAGCAAUUGGGGUAAAAAGGGUUGGUACUAUCGUGGCAAGUGGAAGAGAAGAAAGUGCUGGAAGUACUCUACAAGUACUCUGAAGCGCACAUUGUGGUUUGUUGAACGCUUCUUCAAACAAUUGUUUGAGCUAAAAUUACACAUUAGUUUUUAUGAUAAUUGUGACGAUUUUGAAUACUGGGAAAACUACUAUUCAGCCAAAGACUCAAACGAUAAUAAACGCAUAGAAUCAGAUGAGACCAAAACUAAUAGUAGCGAUCGCUCUCUUCCAUCAAACUCACUUGAACUACAGACAACGCUCAAUAACAUUAGAGCCGAAGAGGUUGAAGUGCCCUUGUUUUGGAGGAUCAUUCACCAUAUUCCGAUGCUUGGCGGAAUAGAUCUUGAUGAAUUAAACAGAUCGUUGAAAAUACGGUACAAUCACGACCAUUUUUCUCUACCUGGAUUGAAAUUUGCAUUAAACCAAAAAAAAAGUCAAGAACAACAUCAAAACGCUUCAAGUAACAGUUUGAUUAAAUCGAGCUUCUUUUUAAAUAAUAUUACCACAAACGAAGAUGAGAAUAGCAUCGAAGAGAAUAAGAAUCUACGCUAUCCGGAGGCUACUAUAUCCGAAGAUUAUCUUCUCGGGCCCACAAUACCUGGUACGACUACUAAUCUAAUAAGGGGGACGCAGAACAAUAGUGAUAGUAGCGGCAUAGACUUGAUAGCCUUCUUAAAAAAUGGACCUUCAUAA